GGAGUUGAGGUGGAUCAGGUUACUUCAAUGAAUGGUGAACAGACUCGACGGGCUGAAUGGCCUCUCGGUUUCCCUCGGAGAUGUUAUCACCCCCUCCCCACCUCCGCUGACUUUCACGCCGCUGAGCCCAGUCUCCGCCCUGGCGUUCGUCUGGCGCAGCGCCCGCCCGCUUUUCCGGACUCUCGGUGUCCGGCAGCGGAGGGACAUGGCCGGACUGGCCGCUGUGGCCGACGUGCAGAUCGACCCCGACGGGGUUUUCAAGUAUAUCCUGGUGAGGGUGAGCAAGAAGGGCGGCCCGGAGCACAAGGACAUUGUGAGGGGCACCAAGACCGCCGAGUUUCACAAUAAUAUUUUUGAAAAACUGGCUCCUGAAAUGGAAAAGCUGGAGCUGGAAUGCAAGUGUCUGGGAGGUGGAAAAAUUGAUCACAACAGCAAGGAGAAAAAAAUUCGUGUAUUCGGUGUUUCCACGGUUUCAACUGUUUCCAGGAUUUCUUGGCUGGCCUCCCACUUACACCCUCCAAGUGUUUUACAUCAACUCAUCCAUUUUCUCUGUGCUGGCUGGCUGCAAUCAUGUCUGGUUGAACCUUGAACUUUUUCAAAACUUGGCAAAGGCCCAUGGAGAAAUCAGAAUCAUUCAAAUGCAGCAGAAUGAAUUUUGCUUGUUUUCCUGAAAUCUCUGCUGAUUUGUAAAUCUGACCUACGACACAGACAAGGUUGGAUUAUCAGAAAUGUUUAUCAAUAUAUCUCAAAUUGGAUAAACACGCAUAUCUUUUUGUGGAUGCUGUAUAAGGUAAUGCUUCUAAAAGAGUUAAUGCUGAAGUUGCAUUAAACCCCACCUAAUCUGAUGGUGUCACACAGUCUUUGGUGGAGAAUCUAGCACAAAGUCCUGAUGGGGGCAGAUGUGGCAUUGCUGCCUCUUGACAGGCUUGAGUAAUUAUGUCUAACUAGUCAUUUUAAUAUGUACCUAUUGCUAUCAUACAAUAAACUUGUUUUGUAAGAGAA